CCCUAUCUAUCAGAUGUUCAACUAUAAAGCCAGCUGUGGUUGUUCGUGAUGAACAUGUAGCAUUUUGACAUUUCUCCUCUCCUCUCGUAUUUGCUUUGAACAUCCUACCAGAAUGCCCAACUUCCAAACAAUCCGCUCGAGCGUCGCCUUACUAGCCGACGGCCCACCACUUGUCGUUGCUUUAGUCGGCGGCACCACGGGCAUUGGGUCUUACGUUGCCAGGACCUUUGCUGAGACGUUUGCUGCCCAUGGCUCCAAACUGCGCGUUUACGUUGUUGGCCGCAAUGCUGAGCGCGCAGACACGGUGCUUCGCUUCGGGCGCAAGACGAGCCCUGGGUCAGACUGGCGCUUUAUCCAAGCGACCAACCUGGCCUUGAUAAGCCAAGUGGAUGCUGCGUGCAAGGACCUGAUGAGACAAGAGGAACAAGACCCGUUCCAUGGUGGGCCCCCAAGGCUCGACGCGUUGUACCUGACUGCAGCCCUCUCGCCGCUGGCACCGUCGCCUACUACCGAAGAAGGAAUCGACUCGCAAAUGUCGUUGCUCUACUACGCACGCAUCCGGUGUGCCCAAAACCUCAUUCCUCUGCUUACGGCAUCGCCAAGGAAGGCACAUGUUAUUUCCGUCUUCGCAGGGUCGGUCGAGGACAAGGUUAAGCCAGACCAACUGCCCAUUGGCAUCCCCGACCCAGCCAGCUACGGUGUCACGGCAGUGCGCACGCAUACGUGCUUCAUGAAGACAUUUCUGUUCGAGUCGCUAGCUGAGCAGCACGCGGGCAAGAUUAGCUUCAUACACAUGUACCCGGGUCUCGUAGACGGGCCCACUUUUUACAUCCAGGAGAACCCGCUGUGGUUCCGCAUCUUGUGGACGCUCAUGAAGCCUUUGGCAAGCUUGGUCAUGACGAGUCCCGAGGAUUGUGGGCGACUCAUGGUUUUCCUCAGCACACCCAGAUAUCCUGCCAAGGGAACCUUGAAGCCUGAAGAUGGGCACGACAGCAACGUAGCACGUAGCAGUCAGAACGAAAUAGGAGGCGGUGCCUAUGCACUGGAUCAAAAAGGAGACGAGAGAAGCGAAGUCAGCUGGGCGAGGGUAAGACGGCAGGAUACGGCGACCAAAGUUUGGGAGCAUACGAUGGGGGUGCUGCAGGCGGCGGAGCAGAAGAAGGCUGCCGGAUGGUAGAAGAAAGUGCCGAGAGACAGAGAUAAAGCUGUGGUAUGGCGUGGCUGUGGCUAGACAAGCACACCCAGACGUGUCCAGGUGACUGCGAGGUGUAGCAGUUGCCGGUAGUGGCUGGCGAUGGCCCUGUGGGCUGCGACGGAGCGAACGUGUAGUAAAGGAAUGUGUCAGCAAGACCUGUGUGGGUUGAGCACUACAUGGACUACUGGAGGUAAUGUCCAUAAUUAGCAAGCUAUAGCCGAGACCAAGCCCGGGGCAGGACCGGUUGUUGGAGGAAUGAUGCGACUGUGCAUGAUGCGCGUAUUUGAUUUUAGUUUUAACG